AUGUCAACAACACAAUGCACUAGGCUCCUCACCAGAAACAUUCCUCAAGUGAGGCGAGGACGCCAACUACAAACCUCUCGUGUCACUCUCGUUGGCACUCCAACCCCAAGUCGCAAUCCUACCAUUGACUCUGAACGUUUACCAUAUCGACUCUACGAACUCUCUCUAAAGAAGAUCCGAAAAGAGGCCCACGCGGCUGAACCCGAUCUACGCCAUGUCAUUGCUGGCCUCGCAAUGCAAAAAGUGGUUUCCACUGCUGUGCAUGAUGAUCUUCUGCAUCGAGUCGACAUGAUCGAAACCGCAAAACCACCUCCAAGACUACCCAUCUUACCAGGGGCCGACGAGCCGUGGGAGCAUGAAGAAGUCACCGCAUACCAAUCAUCAAACCCAAAUACCUGGGAUAUUGAAUCUCUCGAUCAAGCACUUUAUGAGAUGGAACGUGCGAGCAAGAAAGGGAAUGUUGCAAAAUCUAGAUCACGAGCCAAAAGGGCCAAAACAGACGGUGGACGAGUUAGACCAUAUUCUCUCCCCGAGCCAUCGCCCCAAACGAACAUCCACCUCAGCAACUCGGAGACUGGACCUGCCUCUGCAAGGACUAGUGCUGCGCCAACCACCCCAAUACCUGAACAACCGAAAAACUCGCACGCAGAUACCAGCGAUCACAGUCAAGUCACAAUUGCACCGCCCGUUGUCGAAAGCUCUGCGCAAAGCACAACAACAACCACUGUCAUCACCAUUUCAACCACCACCGUCUCCAAGAAUAUGACUGAAACAUCAAAUAAAUCGGAAGAAAAUGCAAAGUCAACACAAAACCAUAUCCCAGAGGUCAAAGAUGAAGACCCGGAAUCAGUUUCAAGUGGACCUGGAUCCGAACAGCGAAGUGAAAUGGAACUAGGAAAUCACCAGCGUCCUGAAUUCUUUGGCUGUCUGCAUUGCGAGAACCUUCGCCCAUGGCCAAUGGCGGCGCUUCACAUCUGUUUGUUGUGCAUUCGGGACUGGAAGUGGUGUGCGAAGGGUGCCCACAAUCAAGCCAAGGCGAACUUCAUGUGGAAUGAUGAGGAGCACGAGGAGUGUUAUGUGUGUUACUUCGCGGGUAUGUAA